UUCAGCUUGUGGAACCAACGCUAUUUUGGCGUCAUACAUUCUACAUACACUUUUAAAACAAACAAGCCAAUUGUAGUGACAGCAUUAGUAACUAGCGGCAACCGUGAGUACCAGGGUGCCAGCGAGUCUGGUGACACCACGACAACCCUGCUAUCAUUCUUGCCCGCAGCUAGUGAAUACCCGGUGGUGCCCGACCAGACACCUAACCUCUAGGCUCUUGUCGAGUUAACGGUCAAACUAGGUCAGAUUGAGGCAUUAGGUGUCGCCUUGGAAGUGAACUAGAAACUCGUUGUGACUUGUUUCGACACACGAACUCUCCGCCCUCGGUGCCUUGCAUGACCUCAGGGAGCGUGGUGUCUUUCCCAAGACGCGUUAUCGUGGACGUGAGAAGUAGUAGUUGCACGCGUAGAAUAGUGAGUGAAUAGUGCAGUAGUGAUGGUGCAGCGAGGAUCCGAGGUCUUACCAGGCCACAUGGUGCCUGUGAAGUGCGAGUACUCCCCGCCGCCCUACACGUUGCCCCUGCAGGAGUCGACCGACGCCCUCACUUCUGCGGGAAGUGGGGCCUCGACCUUCUCCUCCCUCAUGGCCGACCUGAGUCCCCGCAGUUCCUGUGGGGGUCACGAGUCCCAAACCACCUCGGGAGACGAGGAACCGCGAGGGCGCAAACGACGGCUGGAAGACGAGAGCGAAGAGGCGAGGCUGGCGAAGGCGAAGAAGAAAUCUCCUCAGAGCUACGAGGAACUGCAGCAGGCGCGGGUGCUCGCCAAUGUGCGUGAGCGCCAACGCACCCAAAGCCUGAACGAGGCUUUCACCUCCCUCAGAAAAAUCGUCCCUACGCUGCCCUCCGACAAGCUCUCCAAGAUCCAGACGCUGAAGCUGGCCAUCCGCUACAUAGACUUCCUGUACCAGGUCCUGGACACGGACGCGCACGACCAGCGGCUCUCUUCCUCCUGCACGUACGUCGCACACGAGCGCCUCAGCUACGCCUUCAACGUGUGGCGCAUGGAGGGCGCCUGGGGCGGCCACCUUUAAGAGA